AGUUUGGAAGAUCCAAACAUAUGUCUUUUUGGACCAAACUAUUGGCUUUUAAAUAAAAUUGGGCUGCUGCUCCCCAAAAAACGGAUGGAUAGAAUUUGGAAAAUAAUCAUUCACGAGAUUGGAACGGUUUUCGUACUCAGCGAGUUCAUGGAACUCUAUGUAAUAAGAUCAGACUUGGAUCUCGUAUUGACAAAUCUGAAGAUUUCUCUUCUUGGUUUCGUUAUUGUAUGUAAAGCAAAUACAUUUGUAUUUUGGCAAGGAAAUUGGCGUCAAGUUAUUGACUACAUAACUGAAGCUGACCAGUUUGAAAGGGAUAAUCAGGAUGAGGCUAAAGGAAAUAUUAUCAACACUUACACCAGAUAUUGUCGACGCGUAACUUAUUUCUACUGGGUUUUGGUAUUUACUACAUUCAUUACUUCUAUUACUACACCAUUAAUGAUAUAUUAUUCAUCAGAAACAUUUCGGGAGGGAUUUCACAACGGAACUGAACGAUUUCCCCACAUAUUCAGCUCAUGGAUGCCUUUUGAUAAAGAGAAUUUCCCAGGGAGCUGGAUCACUGUUAUGUGGCACACCGGGAUAUGUGUUUAUGGGGCGCUUAUAAUGGCUGCUUAUGACACUAGUGUCGUGGUGAUACUAGUCUAUUUUGGAGGAAAAUUAGAUCUACUUCGUAUAAGAUGCAGAGAGAUGCUGGGUACAGAAGGAAAAGGAGUAACCGAUAAAAAUGCAGACCAAGUGGUACGUCAACUUCAUCAAAUUCAUGUUCUACUUCUGAAGCAUUCCAGAUUGUUCAACUCUGUUUUGUCACCUGUGAUGUUUUGCUAUGUCGUCAUGUGCUCACUGAUGAUCUGUGCCAGUGCUUUUCAACUAACCUCUGCAACGAAUACAACGCAAAAACUUUUGAUGGCAGAAUAUUUGAUAUUUGCCAUAGCUCAGCUGUUCAUGUUUUGUUGGCAUAGCAAUGAUGUUAUUCACAAGAGUGAGGCUGUAAUGAUAGGGCCGUAUGAGAGCGACUGGUGGGCAGCCAAUCAUAAGCAGCGAAACAACGUUCAGAUUCUUCAGGGGCAGAUGAAAAUCGUACACAUCUACACCGCAGGCCCUUUCACUAACCUCACACUGUCUACAUUUCUUGCUGUAUGA